AUGGUGUACGAGUCGCUUCCUAGGACAGUGCGAAUUCUAUUACUCGGAGAUCCAGGAGUCGGGAAAACUUCUUUGAUACUUUCACUAGUUACAGAAGAAUUUACUGAACAUGUACCAUCUAAAGCAGAAGAAAUUACGAUUCCUGCUGAUGUUACUCCUGAGCAAGUACCGACUAACAUAGUUGAUAUUUGUGUUGCUGAGCAAUCACCGGAACAAAUUGUAGAAGAAAUAGAAAAGUCACAUGUAAUUUGUAUAGUAUUUUCAGUAGACAGACAGGAAACAUUGAGUAAAAUUGCUUCGCAUUGGCUGCCUUUUGUCAGAGAUAACUGCCAUCAUGACUUGAGGAAACCUGUAAUUCUAGUAGGAAACAAAAUAGAUUUAAUAGAUUAUUCCAUAAUUGAUAAUAUUUGGGAUAUUGCAGAGGAGUAUCCAGAAGUGGAUAGAUGCAUAGAAUGUUCAGCAAAAAACCUUAUAAAUGUAUCAGAAAUGUUUUAUAAUGCACAAAAAGCAGUUUUACAUCCUAUUAGUCCAAUAUAUUCUAUUGAAGAGCAAGAGUUGACAGAAAAAUGCAAAAAAGCUCUCUCUCGAAUAUUCAAGAUAUGUGAUUUGAAUGGUGAUGGUGUUCUUGAUGACUAUGAAGUGACUAUCUUUCAGAGAAAAUGUUUUGAUACACCAUUGCAAUUACAGGUUUUAGAUGAAGUGAAAUCAGUAAUUGCUCAAAACAUCCCUGGUGGUAUUGAAAAUGAUGGUAUAACAAUAAAAGGCUUUAUUUUUCUUCAUUGCUUAUUUAUUCAAAGGGGAAGAAAUGAGACUACAUGGACAGUACUCCGCAAGUUUGGCUAUGACGAAAGUUUAGAAUUAAAUCAUGAAUAUUUAUAUGUAAACUUUAAAGUUCCUGUUGGCUGUACAUCUGAAUUGUCAUACAAGGGGCAGCAAUUCCUGACCCAAGUAUUUGAAAAAUAUGAUAAAGACAAGGAUGGCAUGCUGAACCCAACAGAAUUGAAAAAUGUAUUUGCUUGUUGUCCAAGAAUACCAUGGCACAACCUACGUUACACUGUUCCUACUAACGAGAAGGGUUACCUGACAAUGCAAGGUUGGAUGUGUAGAUGGACUUUAAUGACUUUAUUAGAUUUACAAAAUACAAGUGCAUAUUUAGCUUAUUUAGGUUACAAUUUUCUUGAAAACGAAUCACAAAAGUCUGCUGUACACAUAACUCGUGAGAAAAAGGUUGAUAUUGCCAAAAAACAGUCUAGCCGCAAUGUUUACCAGUGUCACGUCAUUGGUCCAAGGUCGUGUGGGAAAACAUCUAUUUGUCGGAGUUUCUUGGGUAUAGCUCAUAAGAAAAUAAAGCCUCACGCCCACGAGCGCGGCGACGGCAACAGCUCUGAGAACUGUUGCAUCAACACUGUGCUGGUGUACGGGCAGGAGAAGAGCCUGGUGCUGCGCGAGAUACCCAUCACGCGCGUCUCAGACCCGCUGCAGCCGCAUGAGGUCAACUGUGACGUGGCCUGCCUCGUGUACGACGUCGCCGCCGCUCGCUCCUUCGAGUACAUCGCCCGGAUAUACAUUAAAUACUUCGCGGAGAGCCACAUCCCGGUGCUGAUAGUGGGCACCCGUUGCGAGACGCUGCCCGCGCGCCAGGAGUACAUCUUGCAGCCGGACGUGUUCUGCGCCAAGUACCAGCUGCUGCCGCCGCAGACGUUCCACGUGCGCGAGAACAAGCACGACGUGUUUGUCAAACUCGCUACCAUGGCGGCUUUCCCUCAAUUUCAAGCAGCUUGGAUUUUAUUCAGCAAGCACAGACACUUGAAGCACUUUGCAAGUCUGGCUGGGGACAACUCGUCGUGGUGGAAAGCCGGCAUCGGCGUCGCAGCAGCCACAGUCAUGGGCUUCAUGCUUAUAAAAAUCUUCAGCUUCCAAAGACGAUAAAGGUGUAAAUUGUCCUGCCCGUUGCGUCGUAACAAUUCCAUUGGGUCCUAAUUUUGAUUUCCAUUUUUCAGAUGAACAUUAGAUAUUUAAUUCUGUGUAAUCGUUGAAUCCCAUUUAAAGAAUUUUGUAUGGGCACAAGUAAAGAGUAUGUUGCUGACAAAAUUAUAUGUUAUAUGAAUGUUUUGCUUUCUUCUUUUGCGCUUUAUAGUGCUUUCCGUCAUGUUUAAAAGAUAAUAGUAAAGCAACUCUUAAAAAUUCUGAGGUAGCAAAAGUUUGUAGAUAGAAGGUUGCUAAGAAGUUCAC